UGGCUCCAGUGGAGUCUUCAACUACAAUUCAUUUAUUGACUACAUGAAAUUGUGUGCUACUCAUUACAUGAAUCAUAAUCCUUAUCGUCCUCCUAGACCAAUUCGUAUUUCAGUUGAUGGUGAACAAGAUGAAGUGGUGGAAUCUACACCAGAUUUUAACAUAAAUUUGUAAGUACAUCAAUUUUCUUCAUACUGGUACGUAAGAUUCUUCUUCUUCUUCUAUAUCUUAAGGGCCCACAAUCAAUUUAUUGAUCAUUUUGGCUCCUAUGCAUGUAGAUUGUCUUCCUUGUCUGUUUUUCCCAACUAUCUAUUAACUUCAUGUAGGCAAUGUUUGUUUUUGUUGGGUUAGGGCAUCACAUUCAACUGUUUUUAUCUCUGACUGGUAGAAUGUUACAGAGUUGAAUUUAGGUACAUAUAAUUUAUAAUCUUUUAAUAGUUGAUGGAAUUAAAUAUUUUGAGUUUUAAUAUUAAUUUCAUGGUGUUUUCUUUUAAUAAGAAAAGCAUAUUAAUAAAUUUGCUUUUCGCAUGUAAGGAAAAACUACUGCAGCCUUUUAUCUAUAUCUUGUUCUUAAACUUUAAGUGUCAUUUUUGAAUAUUGUUUAAAUCUUUUGUUUAUUUUCAAAUCUUAGCAUCCGUAUUUAUUUGACCAUAUUAAUUAUAAAUAAUGAUUUUGAUGUCAUAUGUGUAAUGUCAUUUUGGGUACUCAAAAUAAAAAAUUUCACUUAAAAAAAAAAAAUUGACAUACUAGCUUAUUGGAAUUUUUGGACAUUUUUUAUGACCUAGAUGUCCUCCUCAUGUUAAUUCUGUAACAACUCUAGUAAAAAAAAAAAGGAAAGACAUAAAAACUUAAUUAUAAUUAAGGAAUGAAAUUGCUCACUGUACCCAAUUAAUAUCAAACAAACCAUAGAUCCUUGUUUAACUCAUCUUCAUUCCAUUAGCAGGUUUGGGAAUAAAGGUUGACCAGGGAGUAUGUUUGCUUUGAAGAGGAAGAGGUUAGGGUCCAUUAAAAACUUUUCUUUAGAAACAUUAUGAUAAAGUAUAUUUUUUUCCCCCACAGAAAUUUUACCAACCUCACAGCAGAAAAUGUUAACAUAGAGAAAGCCACAUACGUCCUGACAGGUAAAAAUGGAAGGAUUGUAGGAAAUGAAAAGGAG